AUGGCGACUCUAGCAGAUGAGCUGCUGAACGAUUUCGAGGACUCUGGCUCGGAAGCAGAGGAGACUCAGCAAGACAAUGAUCCCCUAGGACUUGAUCAUGCGCCCGAGGCGAGCGGUCGCAAAGCAUCGGGCAGCAUGGAUCUGGACGAUGACCAGAGCGAACCUGAGGAUCAAGAUGAAGAAAUGGGUGGGACACCCAAGGGUGCUGUUGAUCCUGUCGAAGAUGCAGAGGAUACAAAGGCAAAGGUCGAGAAGAUGCAGCUGGGUGGCGUCAACGAUGUUCGCAGUGUCGCCAGUCUCAUGUCAAGUUUGGAGCCAGUACUAGAGAAAAUCGCACACUACCAGUCGCAACCGACCCCCACAGAACUGCUAGGCAACAUCGAAGACCAUCCCGAAUACCACCUCCUGACACAAUCGAACAGUCUGUCGACUCUCAUAGACAGCGAGAUCGUCUUGGUACACAAGUAUAUCAGGGACCACUACUCAAUACGAUUCCCAGAACUGGAGACGCUCAUCACCAACCCACUGGAGUAUGCGAAGGUCGUCGCGAUCUUGGGCAAUGGACCGCUUGAUUCGGAGAAUAUCAAGAAGCUUCAGCACUCAACGGAAAAUGUCCUUCAAGCUUCCCUGAAGUCCGUUCUUGACGGCCCAUCCCUCAUGAUCGUAACAGUGGAGGCUACGACAACGAAGGGCGGAGACAUGUCGCAAGAAGAACUGGAACGCGUAUACAGAGCCUGUGAAAUGGUCAUUUCCCUCGACAAGGCGAAGAAGACCCUAACGGGCUAUGUCCAGUCGCGCAUGAAUCUGUUCGCGCCGAAUUUGACUGCUAUGAUCGGUUCUCUGACGGCUGCUCAACUGUUGAACGCCGCUGGUGGACUUACUGGUCUGUCGAAGACGCCAGCGUGCAACAUUGCAGCGUGGGGUUCAAAGAAAGGUGCUGGUGCCGCGGGCUUGGCUACGAAUAUUGGCGUCAGACAGCAGGGUUUCCUCUACCAUUCACCCAUCAUUCAAGGCAUUCCCAACGAUCUCAAGAGACAGGCCAUGCGCAUCGUAUCAGCGAAGCUGCUACUCGCUGCCCGCGUCGACAGAAUUCACUCCAGCGCCGAUGGCUCGACGGGCGAGGAUCUGAAAGAGCAGUGCCUCACAAGACUCGAGAAGCUCACGGAACCGCCUCCAAACAAGGGCCCCAGAGCUUUGCCGGUACCAGAUGACAAGCCUUCCCGCAAGCGUGGUGGUAGAAGGGCAAGGAAGGCUAAGGAGGCUACGGCCAUGACGGAAUUGCGCAAAGCCCAGAAUAGAAUGGCCUUUGGCAAGGAGGAGCGUGAGGUCGGCUACGGCACAGGGGAGACCACGGUCGGCAUGGGUAUGAUCGGACAGGGUAACGACGGCAGAAUUCGCAACCUCCAAGUCGAUCAACGCACGAGGGCCAAGCUCGGCCAGAAGAACAAGGGCUGGGGCGGCGCAACGCCCAUGGGAGGAGCGGCAUCCUCGCUCAGGGGUUUUGGACAAUCAGCAAACUCCAACAUUGACCUACGCGGCAAGGGCCUGAGGACGUCAGGUGUUGGCACAUCGCUGGGCGCGGGAGCGGGCACGGCAUCCUCGCUGGCCUUCACGCCUGUACAGGGUCUGGAGCUCGUCGACCCCAAGGUCCAGGCUGAACUCAGUCGCAAGCGAAAGGCGGAGGAGGACCGGUGGUUCAAGGGUGGCACUUUCACCCAGGUUGCGGGCUCGUCCAAUGAUGGCUUCAAAAAGCCAGACUUGCCUCCCAGUAAGAGGGUUGAUACCGGCGCCGGCAAGAUGGGACCUCCACCUCCGAGGAGCGGCUGA